CUGGGGAUAAGCCAGGGGAGACAAUAACGUGCCCCAACUUCACUCCCAUCUAUGCCAGCAAUCCCUUUCAGACCCACACGCAUGUCCUCUCAAGCCCAGACUCUGAAGUCUUGGUUCAGGGAAAACUCUUAACGGGAAAAUGCCUGGCGUGGUUGAAAUGGUGUACCAUCAUGUAUUUGACCUUCCUCUGCCCCUUGGUGACACCAGAAGAAAGUAUUUCACGGGACUGCGGCAAUUUGGGAAACCUUUCAUGAGCAUCCCUACUCUGCGGCAGAUGUUGGAGACCGCAUAUGAUGUCAUGGAAGUGUUGCGGAAUUUACGUUUCGAAUCCCAAAUCCUACAUCGCGACAUUAGCAAAGGGAGUGUUCUUUAUAUUGAUGAUAAGUCACCCCCGACGACAAUUGCCUGUAGUACUCCACAUGCCAACUUUGGUGGAGCAAGCCAGGCGGUUACAGUCACUGCCACAGGCUCAUCCCUUUGCUUCAUUAAGUAUCUCCUCAAUGAGAGCUGUGAUCCCUGCGAAACAUCGGCACUGCUCAUUGAUUUCAACCAUGGUGAACAUCUUACAAGAAAACAGAGUCUUGAGCACAAGCGAACUGAACGAACGGGCACCCCUGUCUUCAUGGCCUGUGCCCUUCAACUGAGGAAACCAGUGCCACUUCACAUUCCCUCGAUUCUCGCUGCAGUACCUCAUAGUCCUGAACCCUAUACUUUGGCCCACCCGGACCGUGUUGCUAAAUUCCCAUCCACACCACCUAGAAUGCUCAUCAACCACCCGGGUGAUUGUAACAAUCGUGAAUGGAGGCAUGAACUUGAUCACGACACGGAGUCUAUCUGGUGGUUACUCCUUUACUGGACGGUGACUGUGCAACCCAAAGGGGAGCCAGAUGAAUUCAUUGCUCACUCCACCUGGUCGCUUUUAACAGGAGAUCGUUGGGAUAGACUGAUUCGUGACCUGGCCAGCGGGCCCGGAGAGCCGGACGAGGGCACUGGGACCGACAUCCACACCCUCUACUACAAACCACUGCGGCCUUUGCUUGUCAGGCUCGCCGAGAUUCUUGUCAUUGACAGAUAUUGGCUGGAGGACUCUGAAACGCGAAAUGCACCACAAUAUGUUAGCGAGGCAUUUCAACGUUUGAUCCUCCAAUUUAUCCUUGACAAUCGUAAGGCGGAUUUCAUGGUGCGCCAGGUUAAAGAGCGCCCCCGUCGAGUUGAAAAGGGCUCGCAAGAGCCAAGCCAUUCUGCUACAGCCAGCCAGAGGAGGAAUGCUGAGGAGGAGCACAUCACGCAGCCUGCCAAGGAGGUAACGGAGGACAGUGCACAUGGGGGUGAAGAUAUGGAUUGGUCUGCCAACAAAGGGUUUAUAAAGUCGAAUAAUAUGUAAUCCCUGUCAACAAGCAUGUAAUAUAAUUUGUUC